AUGAGUCCCGCCAAAUACAUAAAGAGGAUUACACUAUUCAAGGUGCCAAAGGAGGAAGACGUCGACGCUGCCAUACAGAAGUACAAGACUUUGCGCGAAACAGCAGUAAAGGACGGUGAGCCUUAUAUUCUGCACAAUGAAGCUGGCAAGACAAUCAAUACAUCAGAAGAGCGAUCGAAAGGAUUCACGCUAUGUGGGCAGACCACCUUUGCAAGUCAGGCUGACGUUGAUUACUACGACUCUCAAUGCGGAGCGCACGCCGAGUUUAAAAAGUUCAUUACACCACGUCGUACAGAUGUGAUGGUGGUGCAUGUGCCGACCGAAGUACUCCCAUAA